AUGUCUACCUUUGUGGACCACUUUGUGAAACCCUGGGUGAUCUCUCUCCCCACGUAUACCAGAGACUAUAGAUUUUAUUCAUCUUUUGAAAAGUAUAUUCUGUUACCAGUCGAUAUGCUAACAUCUCCCAUCAGGGCAGCCUAGAGGCCCUCAAAUUCUACCUCAAUGAAUGUCCCCCUAAAACUCUUCCCAGCACCAAUUAUACUGUGGACUUGGCUGAACUGUUUCUAACCUCC